AUGCCUGCCCCUCCUGAUGGAGCGGUUCGGUGGUAUGGAGCCACUGUGGUGUCCAAGAUCGUGCACUGGUUCUGGCAAGCCUUGGCUGAUGAUCAUGGUGCAGCAGUGUGGAUGAGCAAUGCACAACUGUACAUUGACUACGUCUUACAAACUGGCACCCUGCGGGUGCAAUGCGACGCCCGAGCAACUCCAUGGGGGAUCGCCCAGUGUGGCUUGGGCGGGUACAUGACGGACGUGGAGGGCAAGCUCUAUGAAGACUUCCUACAGGUGAAACGAUCGCACCCGGCCAGCGCCAUGCGCGGGCAGGAGGUGGCCUGGCGCCCAAGCCGGCGGAAUGUGCCUGGCCCCAUUCCCGUUGAACCCGAGAAGAUGAGCGAAUGGCCUCCCUGGAUCCCCAAGGAGGGCACUUGGGUGCCGCGGCAGCCGCGGAAGGUGCACGAGGACAAAUACGAUGCCAAGGUCGAUGCCUUCGCCCACAACUUUAUGCAGCAGCUGAGACGGAGGCAGCGAGAGAAGCAACGGAAGGAGGAUCGGGAGUGUAAACGUUUGGUUCAAGGUCUUGACAUUUGGGAAGGCGAAUUGCGUCGUCGUCGCAUCAUGUCGCAGCUCAAAGGAGCGAUCCCAGGCAGCACCAAACUCGCAGGCAGCCUCGGGCAGCCUGACACCCCCUCCACUGGCUCCUUGCGCGGCUCCGCCUCCGAGCCGCUCUUCUCGCGCCGCAGCUAGGUGAGGCGCUGAGUUGGGAAGGCACACGGAUCCAGCAGCGCGCCUUUGGCGCGGCGGAUCAGUCUCGGUUUCACUCCGCGACCCGCAAACUGGGCAAAGGUGGAAAACACAACAAAAGGCAGAGAUUUCAUCAAGAGCAGUCAUCUUAG